CACCACCACCACCACCAGAGCUAGCGCAGCAACCGCGAGUUCAGUUCAGUUCAGUUUUUGUUACGUCGUCGUUCGAGUCGUCGUCGGCUAGCUUCGAUUCGAAGAAGGGCAACAAUGAGGUUCGUGGCGGCGUACCUGAUGGCCACCAUUGGCGGCAACGCGAGCCCGACCAAGGACGACGUGCGCGCCAUCCUCGGCGCCGUCGGCGCCGACGUCGACGAGGACAAGCUCGGCUACCUCUUCGACCAGGUCGCCGGCAAGGACCUCUCCGAGAUCUUGGCCGCCGGGAGCGAGAUGCUCGCCUUCGGCGGUGUCGGCGCCGCUCCGGCAGCCGCCGCCACUGCCGGUGGUGGCGCCGCGGCAGCUGGUGAGAAGGAGAAGGAGGAGGAGAAGGUUGAGGAGGAGGAGGAGGACGACAUCGUGUUCAGCCUCUUCGACGACGAAUGAGCUAUCGACCUUCGUCUUCAGCCCUGCAUCUACGUGCCGUAGUCCACAUGUCGUCCGUCUAAGUUUAGUCGUAGUAGUAUAUAUAUCUAUUUAAUUUGUUUAUUUAGUGUAUCUGCGCGUCUAGAUAUAUAAUGGAUGAUUUUAUAAGUACGCUAAUUAA